AUGUCUGGCCCAUACGAUCAAUACGGUCAGCAGCAAUACGGCGCUCCGCCUGCGCCGCAAUACGGUGGUCAACCGCAAGGCUAUGCGCCCUCGCAAUCCCCAUAUCCUCCUCAACAGUCUCCCUACCCGCCCCAGCAAUCACCCUACCCUCCCCAGCAGUCACCAUAUUCUCCCCCGCAGGGCGGCGCCUACGCCCCUCCCGCUGCACCCAGCUACGGACCUCCCGCCCAGGGUGGCUUCCAACACGGCCAAAACCCCACCUACGGCGGCUACGACCAGAGCCAGCAACAAGGCGCCGCGUCGACCGGAUAUUACGGUGGCCAAUCCCCUCAACAAUACCCCGGUCAAGACCCCUCCCACCAGUUCCCGCAGCAGGGUGCCUACAACCAGAACCCGUACCCUUCCGAUCCCAACGCCCCGCAUCCGCAGGCGCAGCACGGAAACCCCUCGGAUCCCGCUAUGGCGCAGGAGGGCGACCGCGGCUUGCUCGGCGCGAUCGGUGGCGGUGCGGCCGGGUACUUCGGGGGAAAGAAGGCUGGCGGACAUACAAUCCUCGGGUCGUUGGCGGGCGCCGUGGCAGGGCAUAAGCUGGAGGAUCAUUUCAAGAAGCCGAAAAAGCAUGGGAAUGGUCAGGGUGGGUGGCACUGA